AUAUUAUUAGUUCGAGCAUGGACCUACCACUCUGGUAGGUCCAUGGUUCGAGCGACCGAGCGGAAAAAAAUGAUAUAUGAAAAGGGCGAUUUCAUGAAAAACGAAAAGAUUUAUUGGCGAGUUACUUUCCGAGCCAUGCUAUUUCGAGUACAUAUACAGCCGAUCGCCUUCGCCUGGCCGGCCGGCCUGGACCGGUGGCCGUGGUCCAGCGAUAGCGCUGGCUAGCUCGGUAAAUUUUGGCGCAGCCGUACGCCCAUAUGACGAGACUAGACUGAGUCUGAACGAAGCCUUGCAACUUGCUCUUGCAUAUUGUGUGUGUGGCGUGGCGACAUAUUGCGAAAUAGGAGAUGAGGCCAUCAUACCACACGCGCUGAUCUUAUUUGGCCAAGAACAUCGCAUUUGAUUUCCAAUGCUUUCAAUUUUAUUCACAUUGUUUGACGAGGUAACGUAACCAACUGCCUUGUCUUUACGGAGUCUGACUCUCUUUAGCUGAGUCGAUCCACUGCCAAUGAGCACUAGCCCUGAGCUGACGGCGCCUAACUUAGAUGACUGACUGAGAGAAGCCAAAGCUGAGACUGAGAGAUAGUUACUGGCAGUGAUACGGUACUAUUCGACGGAGAAGGAGGGAACAGGAGCCGAACCUAAUUCUGUAAGUUGUUGAAGAUGGCGACUACCGUUCGAACAUAUAAUGAGGAACUGAAGUACCUCAACAAACUUUCUGGCAAUUGUUGGCAGAUCAAGAAAGGAUUUGUUAACAAUAUGCAGGUGGAAGGACGCUUUUAUGUUGACAAGAAGUUGGAGAGGCUGAUGUUUGAAGAGCUGCAACAUUCCUGUAGAUCAAAAGGUGUUGGUGGUUUUUUACCAGCGGUUAAACAGAUCGCAAACGUAGCAGCAUUACCAGGCAUCAUUGGCUACUCAAUCGGACUACCAGAUAUCCAUUCUGGAUAUGGCUUUGCUAUUGGUAAUAUGGCAGCCUUUGAUAUGUCAAAUCCAGAUGCUGUAGUAUCCCCUGGUGGUGUGGGAUUUGAUAUUAAUUGUGGAGUGCGUCUUCUGCGAACAAACCUGACUGAAGAAGAUGUUCUACCUGUAAAGGAACAACUAGCACAGUCACUCUUUGAUCAUAUUCCUGUAGGAGUAGGCUCAAAGGGGGUCAUUCCAAUGGGUGCCAAAGAGUUAGAAGAAGCUCUAGAGAUGGGAAUGGACUGGUCUCUUAGAGAAGGUUAUGCUUGGGCAGAGGAUAAGGAACACUGUGAGGAAUAUGGCCGAAUGUUACAAGCAGAUCCAAAUAAAGUCAGUGCUAGAGCAAAGAAAAGAGGAUUACCACAGCUUGGAACACUAGGAGCAGGCAACCACUAUGCUGAGAUUCAAGUAGUGGAUGAAAUCUACAACAAUCAUGCUGCUAAGAAGAUGGGAGUAGACCGAAAGGGUCAGAUCUGCCUUAUGAUACACAGUGGAAGCAGAGGAUUGGGACAUCAAGUAGCCACAGAUGCCUUGGUUCAGAUGGAGAAAGCAAUGAAGAGAGAUAAGAUUGAGGUGAAUGAUCGUCAGCUAGCCUGUGCUCGUAUCAACUCACAAGAAGGUCAAGAUUACUUGAAAAGCAUGGCAGCUGCUGCUAAUUAUGCUUGGGUAAAUCGGUCAAGUAUGACCUUCCUUACUCGCCAGGCAUUUGCUAAGCAAUUCAACACCACACCUGAUGACCUUGACAUGCAUGUAAUCUACGAUGUCUCACAUAACAUUGCUAAGGUUGAAGAACACAUGUUAGAUGGUGUUCAGAAGACUCUUCUAGUCCAUCGUAAGGGAUCAACAAGAGCAUUUCCUCCUCACCACCCUCUCAUCCCUGUUGAUUAUCAGAUGACUGGACAACCUGUACUCAUUGGUGGAACUAUGGGUACAUGUAGCUAUGUCCUGACAGGGACAGAUACUGGCAUGAAUACCACAUUUGGAACAACAUGCCAUGGCGCUGGUCGAGCUUGGUCACGUGCAAAAUCAAGAAGAAACUUGGAUUAUCAACAAGUGCUCAGGAACCUCUCUGAUAUGGGUAUCUCAAUCAGGGUUGCUUCACCCAAACUUGUCAUGGAAGAGGCUCCAGAAUCCUACAAGGACGUAACCAGUGUGGUGAAUACCUGUCAUGAGGCAGGUAUUAGCAGUAAGGUACUCAAACUUCGUCCUAUUGCUGUCAUCAAAGGUUAAACUUCAACUCUCACAAUGCUUAAAGACUUUCAUUAUUACAAACUCUUUACUUGAGAUCUCAUUCUGUGAAGCUAUGGAUGUUGAAGGUUAUCCAGAAAAAAAAUAAUGGUGAUAUAUGCUCAAUGUUGUAUCAUGGACCAUGGAAACGUUUUUUUGGAGAUGGAUGUGUGAUAUUUUCUCAGUACUUUCCUGUACAGGAGAUGGACAAAAGUGAAACUAGAUAGUAGAGUGGCAAAAGGCAAUAGGUUGAAAAGUAUUGAAGUACAAAAAAUAUUUCAAUUGAUUUGAUUACCGGUAAGUACGUGUACCACCAUAUGAUCUGUGUCAUAUUUCAAAGGCAUCCAGUUGAUUACCAAAUAUAUUUUAUGAAUAUACAAUUACAUCAUUGCUAAUAGGGGACUAUCAUGAGAAGGUUGUUUUGAAGAUGUUUUGAAGAC